UGGGAAACUUGUUCAAAAAGAUUCAUGUGUUCUACACAAAAUUCAUACGAAGAAUGCCUGAUUUCAACAGCGACAAAAAAAAACGACACCAGAUGUACUGAUUUUAGGAAGAAAAGGAGGAAAAAUGAUUCAUGAAAAAAAAGAAUAAAAAUGGAAAGAGUCCAGCUUGGUCCUAAGUCACGGCCACAAACUCAGUAGGACCUACUGGCCGGAUGGAAGAGCACUGAAGGGAGAUGGCCAUGCUAGCCAGCAAGAGGAAACCAGACUGAUGCUUAACCAAAAAACCCUCCAGAUGCAACACUGCUGCCAUAUCCGAGAUAAGUACCGAAGCAGAAGGGCCAAGAAGAGUAGGAACCAGUCAUGACUCAUGAGCAUCUAUCGACAAUGCAAGAAAAAUGAUGAAUGGGACCCACAUGCUCACCUACUUUCACGUGGGAGGCGUGACAAUAUAGUGAUUUGACAGAUUCAUGGUUAUCCAAAAAACAUGUCCCAGCUCCCGAACGAGAACUCCCUGACCGCCAAAGCGAAGGAUGACAGCCGGAGGGAGUCCCAGGAGCCAGCAGUUCACCAUCACUUGGAAGAUCUUAAGCCUAGGAUGGGAAAUCUCUACGAAGCCCGACCAUUCCGGAGGGCCUGUAGAAGAGGCCGUGCGCACCAUCGAACAGGGAAGAGUAACCGUUUUCAAAUUAAAAGGAUAUGAGAGGGAGUUCUCGGGCCGAGCAUGCUCUGUAUCCAGGUGCAACCCGAACCAACGGAGAAGCCUGCGGAGAUCAGAUGUUUGAUAAUAUCCCGAAGGUGGCGGUUCAAAAUAAUGCAGAACGGAAGGUUCACUAUUCCAGCCAAACUAAAGAGAUGAGGCCGCGAUGGGACGAUCAUGAACAACCAUAUUCCUGCCCGAACGGUCUAGACAUCCUGAUAUUGCAGCAGCCCCGCAAUCAAGCAGCAAAUCCAACGUUCCAACCAACGUUUCUGUUCAAACCCACCAAUGGUUGUCCAUCUUGAACGAGAACUCCAAACCCACUUAACCUAAAAACCCCUUAGGCCAGCAGUCAAUAAAGUUAAUUAACUAGAGCGGAUCAAAGGAGAGCCGUGCCUGUAGGUAAGGGAGCGGAUGCGACCGAACGUCACCAGAAGGGAGGUGAUUGCCAGGAGCAUCUCAGAAGGCAUCAUACGACCCCCCCGAGCGGGAAUACCUUCACUGGACGGGAAAACCCUGAAACCAAGCCAUCACCACACAAAUCGCCCAGUGAAGGUAUUCCCGCUCGGGGGGGUCGUAUGAUGCCUUCUGAGAUGCUCCUGGCAAUUCGAGACUAGUGCGGCCAUUAGUGUCGUUUCGCACAUGAUUUUGGUCAUUCGAGACUUCUGCCGUUCUCGUAUAUCAUGGCCGCACUAGUCAACGAUAGAAGUUCGACCCACCUGUCCAAGCGGACUGCCGACCGGCAUGUCCACAGUUCAGCAACGAAUCGGGGUGGGCCUUUUAUGAUACUCCACUUAACAUUGGAGAUUAUAUCUGGAAGAACGAGAA